AAUGAAUCAAGCAAUUUUAAAAGCAUAACUCAAAGCAGUUCCUUUGCUUCUUCCUUUUCUUUCUCCAAUUGUCUUAAAAUUCCUCUUGUUCCUUUUUUCUUAUAAACUAGGAAUUCAUAUCGACUAGAAGAUUUGGAUAAAAGAAUCACUUAACUAUUGGGGUUGAUCCAUCUGAUGUUUGUGGCCCUAUGACCACGUCAUCAAGAUGAGGCUUCUCAUAUUUUAUAACAUUCAUCGAUGAUCACUCUUGGUUGGGCUAUGUGUAUCUUAUGAAGCACAAGUCCAAAUCCUUUGAAAAGUUUAAGGAAUUCAAGAAUGAGGUUGAGAAGCAAACAGGAAAAAGUAUAAAGAUUAUAAGAUCGGAUCGAGGACGUGAAUAGUUGAGUACAGAGUUUCUUGAUUAUCUGAAGGAACAUGGCAUCAUUUCUCAAUGGAAGUAGAGAGUUUCUUGAUUAUUAGAAAGAACAUGGUUGAUUAUCUGAAGGAACAUGGCAUCAUUUCUCAAUGUACUCCACCAGGGACUCCACAACUCAAUGGAGUUUCUAAAAGGAGAAAUCAAACCUUGAUGGGCAUAGUUCAUUCCAUGAUGAGUUAUACUGAUUUACCUAUAUCCUUUUGGGGACAUGCACUCCUCACUGCAGUUUACUUGUUGAAUUGAGUGCCUUCCAAGUCCAUCUCGAAAACCCCAUAUGAAUUGUGGUUUGGCAAAAAGCCAAGUCUUAAUCAUGUUAAGAUUUGGGGUUGUCCUGGAUAUGUCAAAAGACCUGAUGCAAAUAUGUAACACUCUGUCCUAAAAGUCACUGUUCAAUUGAUUAUUUAUUAUGAAAUUUCAUUUUUGUACUUGGGUGUACGGGCACUUUAGCCACUUUUUGUUCGGAAAGGAUUUUGGGGAAUUGAGUGGCACUGUUGCAUAGAACUCAACAUGCGGCACGUCCAAUUUCGAGUUGUAACGAAGGAGAAAAGGUUUAGAAAUGAAAAGGAUGUAAUGGAAAUUUUCAAAUUUGUUACUGCUACAGUAACCGGGUUGCUUUUUAUUUUUCUCUUUCUUCCCCCCUCCCUCGAUAUUUCUUCUUCCUCUCUUCUCUUGCGACAGUAUUUCCCGGCCACCAAUCGAUGUCAUCGUGCACCGGUUGGCCGUGCCACCUUCGUGAAAAGUGUUCCUCUCAUCCUCCUCUACAAAACCUAGCCAAGACCCGGUCUGAUUCACUGACGGUGAGCUCGAAUCGAAGCUGAGGAAGGAUCAGGUUUUUUGGACGGUGUUCUUGCAUUUUCUGGCGAUUCUGGCUAUGGUUUUCGUCCAGUGAGGUAUGAAACUUCAUCUACUCAUCAUGCUCUACCUGUUUAUGUAAUUAGUUUGGAUCGAUUUUGAGGUUUUACAGAUCGAUUCUUAAAUCAAUAUUUGGCUGACGGUUUCGACUUUGAUUCGGCCACUUUCGGCCAGUUUUUGGUCGUGGUCCAAGAACAAAAGUUGAUCCUCUAGUUAGUUUGAAUCAAUUGGUAUAGGUAUUGUAGGGUGUUUUGAGAAAUUUCUGUCGCCGAAAAUUUCUCAAGAUGCCCACGCACUGCCGGUGGUGGGUGGCGACGCGUGGGCCACUGUAUGGUGGCCCCUAGAGUUCUAAAUUGUUUUCCUUAUUGUCCUGAGCACGACGGUAUCCUUGUCGUCCUAAGGAUAUUUCAUGUAUUAUACUUAUGUUAAAUUCUCAUAGAGGGCAAAUUUAUUGUUUAUUAGUAAAUGUCUCAUUAAUAGUUACACAUGCUUAUCUCACUGGAGAUGGCGUUGAUAAUCAUGCCAUAGAGGUCCGUAGCAAGCUUCACCCUUUUGCCCAAAAGAAUCUGGACUAAAAUGUCCUUCACCUUUUUGAAAACACCUUGGUUCUAGGCCCCCACUGGUUUGGUCAUGUUCCUGCUGAAAUGGCAGAAUUGUUCAAGGGUGACGCUGAAGCUCCUCUGUGUUUUCAAGUUCUUCUGCUCUCACAUUCCAUACUUGGGUCAGCAAGAACUUGAGCCGCUCUUUUCCUUCUAGUGAAGUGAGGAAUAGUCCAGUGAAGUGGGCUGACUGGAUUGACAGGCUCCUCCCCAAGUAUGGAGCUCACUGGAAGAUGGUUGGCAUAUAUGACGUCAUUCUUCUGUCCAAGCAGUCGAUAAACAGGGAUGAGAAACUUCUAGCUGCUGCUCUGUGUUUCUGGAAUUCUGCCAGCAACACUUUGACUUUCACUUGGGCCCAAUAACUCCAACUCUGUUGGAUAUGGCAAAGAUUUUUGGGUUUAGACCCCAUGGAAGACCUGUUGAUGCAGUUGGUGAUUACUAUAGGAGGAAGAAUCAAGAAAAGCUAGCGAAGCCUUUCACCAUAUCUCCAGCCACUAUUAACCAGAACUGCUCUUUCUCCAACUACCUAAAGAAAUUUAGUACCGAGAAAGACAAGGAUCACCAGCACAUUUUGUUCCUCUUAUACUGGCUAAACGGGUUUAUUUUCCCAAACCGCUCGUCGGCAGUUCUGCUUGAGUGCAGACAUCUGGAUGAAGCUCUGUACAACCACACAGACGUAGGGCUUGGACCCACAGCUCUGGCUCAUUUGUUCAAGAACCUGCACAUUGCCACUUUGGAGAACCCUUUGAACCUGUCUGCUCCUGGUGCGUUCUGGAUGAUCCAGAUCUGGCUGCAAGUCUAUUUUCCGGAGUUGAGAUUUCUAGAUAUAGUUCUGCCUAAAGACCAAGUUCUGGCUCUUCCCCUGAUGUCGGCAGAAGUGCCCAAGCGUUCCAUUGAGGACUACCUGAUGUUCUUCAGGCAUUGCACUAAGAGAUCUGCAACUCAUAGGCAAGUGGUGAUCAGAAGAACAUAUCCUUGGUCCCAGCCCAGAUACAGGUUGUUUGAGAAUGAGCCAGAAGAAGAAACUGCCAGGACAAACUUCAGGAAGAAAUUCCUGAGUGUACCCUGCCAAGAGACCUACCCCGUGGAGGUGGAAAGCCUCCAAAUUAUCAUUUGGGGGCAGAAGUUCAUCAUCCUAACUUCUGCGCAAGACAAAUCGGUUGCCCUCAGCUUAUUUCUCUCAAAUCAUACAGAAGUUGCAAUCGGGCCACCUCCUAGAGGGAUUUGGAUGAUCUAGAAGUGCAUAAAGACUCCAGGUGUGCGGUGAACAAGAUAAGCAAUAGUGUAGAUGCUCUUUAUCCAUCUUGGGUACGUAAUUCAUGCAGUUCUGCCAAGUUCGAUGCUUGGUGGAAAGCCAGAUUCCAAGGCCUGCCUGCCUCAAGUACUGCCCUUAAAGUGCUCUUUGAUGGCUGGGACUCUUGGAUGGUCUACGCGGGGGUAGAAGCCAAGCAAUUCAUGGUGCAGAUGAUCAAGGACAUCAAUGCACAAGUGAUUGAAGAUCCUUCCAUUACAAAGAAUAUUGGAGGUCAGCCUGUCCAGGUUGGAGAAGUGAUUGUUACUUCUGUCAUAGCUGCUGGAGACUUGAAGCUCCCCUUUGUGGACGAAGAAGAUCAACGUGAAACAUUGGCAGAACAGCCAACUGUUGAGGCAACUCCUUCUGCCAGAAGGAACAAAAGAAAGGAGGCUGCUCUAGCCCAGGACAGUGUUGUCGAGUCUGAAACUUCAACUGAAAGUCCUCCUCCUCCUCAUACUAAGUCAAAAAGGCUUAGGAAGAGAGCGGUGGCAGAAUAAGUAGCCAUAGAAUCUGUAGCACCUCCUACCAACACCUUUGGAACAGAUAAAGAGCUGAGAGAGACUUUUGAGGUAGUGGAGCAGGAGAAGGAGCGAGAAGAAGAAAUAACCCAAGAAAAAACAAAGGCAGUGGAAGAGGAGGAGGAGAUUCCUGCUGAAGUAGUUGCGGAGAGCAUCGCUUUGGCGCAUAAGCAGCAAGAAACCCCAAGGGUAGAACUAACUAGCUCGAAGUUGGCCCUUUUCGAGGAUGCAGAGGCAGAGCAAAGUAAACCUAGAAGUGUUUACUUUGCCCUAAGGCUCAAAUUACGAACUUACCCUUCUUAAAAUGAAACCAAAGCAAAUUAAAACCACCUUAGGGUUAGACUCUUACCAGAAACCAGCAGAGUCUCUCCUAAAAAGGCUCAGCCGAAAAUCACCACAUGUAGAAGCACAGUUUAAAACCCAAACGUUUAGUAUGUACAAGACAAGUCCACAAAUUGAAACAAGUAAAUCCGAAUGGCCACAAGUGUAAUACCUCGAAAAAUUCAAAGUGGAUUUUCAUAUUUAAGUGAAAAAUAAUAUUCUGGCGAAGAAUGAUUAUGGGUGUUUUAUCAAGUCAUUUUGAAGUGAGACAGAUAGUAGUUGACUCAACGAACACGUAGGAAAUCGUUUAUGAAUUUUAGGACAAAAUGACCAAAAUAA